UCGCUGUUCAAAAAUACAAAAGGCUCCCAGUCGACUCAAUCACGAAAACGAAAACAACCAGAAAGAGCCGACAAUGUAACCCCUCCAACUUCUGGCAAACCAUCACCGACGACUUAUCAGGAAAUAGACUCUGCGUCUACGGUCGAAAGCGACCAAGAAUCGGUCAAAAAGAAACUACACACAAUUACCAUCCGAUAA